GCGGCCGGAGCGUAACAAUCCGGCACGACGAUACGAUGAGAGGGGGUGUUUCUUUUUUCCCUGUUUUUUCGGGCUCGGGCGCAACAUGCGCAGAUAUAGCAGGGUCGAUGUUGCCUUGCGCGGGCGACUUUUCGUGCUGCUCCAACUCGGCGUUGCCAGUUCCUGUUUUUACCGAGCGGCAUUUCUCUCUCUCACACGGCAUGAGCGCCAGUGGCGUUGGCAUUGGCGACACUAUUCUGCGGAUUGGGUUUUCUUUCUACCCCCCUUUCAUAAGCUCCGACGCCAAGACGCAACGGCAGGUUUGGCACCGGUCUGGAUGACGGACGGUGGAUAUCAAGGCGGUGGGAUGGGAGUUCAUGUUUGCUGGGGCGGGGAGUUCAUGUUUUUUGGGGCUGGGAGUUCAUAAUGGAGGGUGCGAUCUUGCUUUGCUUUUUUGCGCACCAUGCGCUGUCUUGCAGUGGUUUCUUCACGGGAGGCUAAUUUUGCUUGGUGGCGGCUUCCAUGCUGCUUGCCAUGUUGGUAGAUAGC